AUGUCCGCAGCUACGAGAACCGAAACGGAUGCGUUCGGACCCAUCGAGGUCCCCUCAGACAAGUACUGGGGUGCUCAGACGCAAAGAUCUUUGGGCAAUUUCAAGAUCAAUCAGCCUCAAGAUCGAAUGCCGGAAGGUGUUGUUCGAGCGUUUGGUAUCCUCAAAGGGGCUGCGGCCACCGUGAAUAUGAAAUAUGGCCUUGACCCCAAGAUCGGAGAAGCGAUCCAGCAAGCUGCUGCCGAAGUGGCUUCCCUGAAGCUGGUCGAUCAUUUCCCUCUCGUCGUCUGGCAGACAGGCUCUGGCACGCAGUCCAACAUGAACGCAAACGAGGUCAUAUCGAACCGGGCGAUCGAGAUCUUGGGGGGCCAAAUGGGCAGCAAGAAGCCUGUACAUCCCAACGACCAUGUCAAUAUGUCUGCUAGCUCCAACGACUCCUUCCCCACCGUCAUGCAUAUCGCGGCUGUCCUUGACUUUGAAGAGCGACUCAUCCCCGCUGUCAAGAACCUCAGAGAUGCACUCCAGAAGAAGGUGGAAGCAUUCGACAAGAUUAUCAAGAUUGGAAGGACCCAUUUGCAAGACGCUACACCAUUGACACUUGGCCAAGAGUUCAGCGGGUACGUGGCUCAGCUCGAUCGAAAUUUGGAGAGAAUUCAAGCAUCUCUCCCCCAUCUAAGACAAUUGGCCCAGGGCGGUACCGCCGUUGGUACUGGCCUCAACACGUUUAAAGGCUUCGCGGAAGGGAUUGCUGAAGAGGUGACGAAAAUGACUGGCACAGAAUUUGUGACUGCCCCAAACAAGUUCGAAGUGUUGGCCGCCCACGACAGCAUCGUUGAAGCAUCCGGGACACUUAACACACUUGCUUGCAGUCUGUUUAAGAUUGCACAGGAUAUCAGAUACCUUGGCUCGGGACCUCGUUGUGGUCUAGGAGAGCUAGUGCUCCCAGAGAACGAACCUGGCAGCAGUAUUAUGCCUGGAAAGGUCAAUCCUACUCAGUGCGAAGCUAUGACUAUGGUUGCUGCUCAGGUGAUGGGAAAUCAUACCGCUGCAACGAUUGGCGGUAUGAACGGUCAAUUCGAACUGAAUGUCUUCAAACCCCUGUUGAUCCGAAACCUCCUUCACAGCAGCAGAAUUCUGUCAGAUGCAAUGAACGGAUUCGUCGAGCAUCUUGUCGAUGGUCUGAAGGCGGACGAAAAGAGGAUUAGCACACUUCUCCACGAAAGUCUUAUGCUCGUGACCUGCCUCAACCCAGUCAUUGGUUAUGACAUGGCCUCCAAGGUUGCGAAGAAUGCGCACAAGAAGGGCUUGACCCUGAAACAGUCAGCGAUGGAACUGAAGGCUCUUUCCGAGGAGGACUUUGACAAAUACGUCCGACCAGAGCUCAUGCUUGCACCCAAGGAGAAGAAAUGA